AUGGAACCCAAACCUCAGAAGAGCCCAGGCAAACAAUUUACAUAUUAUUAUGAAAAUGAAGUCUGCAAACAAGAUUACUUUAUUAAGUCACCACCUCCUCAGCUUUUCUCUUCGGCUCCCUCUUGGAAAAAGCGAUUUUUUAUCCUGUCAAGGAGUGGGGAGAAGGGCUUUCGUCUUUCCUAUUACAAAGACCAUCAUCACCGAGGUUCCAUUAAAAUUGAUGGAAGCUCCAGCGUAGACAUUGGCAUAAGUAGCCAUGAAAAAAUGCAGUCUGUACAGAAGAUGUUUAAAUGCCACCCCGAUGAGGUGAUGUCCAUCAGAACCCCUACCAGAGAGUACUUCCUCAUUGGCAGUGGCAGGGAGAAGAUUAAAGACUGGGUCUCGUUCCUGUCAUCGUCUUGCCGGGACAUGAAAGCAGCAAGCCGGAGUACAGAGGAGACGCUCUCAUUGGGUGCCAAGAGGCCCUCUUCAGACCCCGGCCCUCUUCUUGGUUAUUCCAGCGCCCUGGGGACUGUCAGCUCCACCUCAACAAGAAAUACCCUUCCAGACAUGCAUUUAAUGGAAAAAAGCUCUCCAGGACUCAGACAAGCCCAUCUACCACAUGGCUCCUUGCCAGAGACCACUCAAGACACAGAAGAAGAGAGUCAUUAUAUUAGUCCUCGAAGCAUUCUUUUAGAGUUGGACAAUAUUGUUGCAUCCAGUGAAUCUGGUGAACCCAUUGAACCCGCUAGUCCAGACCAGGUCUCCCAGAGACUUGAGCAUCAUUACAUGUCAAUGAAAUCCUGUUUGUUCAAAGAGACAACCAAUGAGUCUGCUGAGAGCAAAGAGGAAUCCCAGACCUGCCCAGAGACCCUGAACAGGGGGCCUCACCUGGAAGAACAAGGCUCAGGACGGGAUUCUUGCCUUCCACCUGCAGAAACGAAAGCCCAGACCAUGAAUGACAAAAAGGGGUCGGCCUCACUAACUGUUGUGCAAUUGUCUAUAUUAAUCAAUAACAUUCCUGAUGAAAGCCACGUGGAGAGACUGAAUGUGUUCCUUUCUCCUCUUGACAUCACCAGUUAUUUGGGUCUCACAGAAGCCGCGGGACGCAUAUGUGUGGCUGAGUGGAAAGGCCCCCCGCGCCUGGGAUGCUUAUUUUUUCACGGAGACCACAUUUUGGCCUUGAAUGACCUGAAGCCCCAUAGCCUGGACGAGGUCUCCUUGUUUAUCAGCCGGUCUGUCCAGAAGGAGAAAGUAAAACUCACCAUCGGCCGGAUCCCAAAUUCAGAGAAAUUCCACGCUAUGGACUGUUCAUGCUCCUUAAAACACCAAGGUGUUGCACCUUUCGAACUGGAAAAAUCUGAACUGCAGAGGGCACUGAAGAGGAGUCCAGCUCUUAGAAAGGGUCAUCAGGAAAGUACUGGAGAGUAA